AUUGUUCUUCUCCUUCUUCUCCUCCUAAGUUGCCUUCAAGCUCUACGACCGGGAUGGCAACGGGUCCUGGACAGCUCUGAGGUGGACCGGAUCAUAGCCCAGAUGAUGCACGCCGCAGACUACCUGGGAUGGGAUGUGUCCGAACUCAGACCUGUGCUGAAGGACAUGAUGGUGGCCAUCGACGCCGACAGCAGCGGCACCGUGUCCCUGGACGAGUGGGUGGAGGGGGGCAUGAAUAACAUCCCCCUGCUGGUCCUGCUGGGGCUGAAGAUGACCCAGAAGGACGGGCAGCAUCUUUGGAGAAUGAAGCAUUUCAACAAGCCUGUUUACUGCAACGUCUGCCAGAACAUGCUGCUGGGACUGAGGAAACAGGGCCUGUGCUGCACCUGUUGUAAAUACACGGUCCACGGCCGCUGUGCCAACCGGAGCACGGCUCCCUGCACCAGGACUUACGUCAAGUCAAAGAAAGAAACCGGGGUCCCAGCGCAUGACUGGGUGAUCGGGAACUGCGACUCGGGGAAGUGUGACAAAUGCCAGAAGAAGAUAAAGAGCUACCAGGGCCUUUCGGGCAAACACUGCGUCUGGUGCCACACCAUGCGCCACGACGAGUGUGUCGCCCACGAGCCGAUAGAGUGCACCUGCGGACCCCUCCGAGACCACGUCCUCCCUCCCUGGGCCAUAUACCCCGUCAUAAAGGAGCGGCGAGGAGAGGUGAAGAACGGAUGCCCAACGGCCACAGAGGAAUCUGAGUUCAACACCACUCCCGACGGCCAGGUGCUGCAGAUCAGCCCAGUGGCCAACACCCAUCCUCUGCUGGUGUUUGUGAACCCUAAAAGUGGAGGGAAACAGGGCGAAAAGGUGCUGAGGAAGUUCCAGUACCUGCUGAACCCACGGCAGGUCUUCAACCUGCUGAACGGGGGACCUGCACAAGGACUGAGUUUCUUCCGAAGCCUGCAAGACUACAGGAUCUUGGUGUGCGGGGGAGACGGCACCGUGGGCUGGAUCCUGGAUGCCAUAGACAAAGCAAACCUUCUGGUACGACCACCUGUAGCUGUGCUGCCACUCGGAACAGGAAAUGACCUCGCAAGAUGUCUCCGAUGGGGAGGAGGGUACGAUGGCGUGGACCUGGCCCGGGUGCUGAAGGAGCUGGAGGGCAGCUCCCCGGUGCUCAUGGACCGCUGGAGCGUGCGGGUGGUGACGGACCCCGACCAGGAGGAGGGGGACCCCGUGCCCUACGAGAUCAUCAACAACUACUUCUCCAUCGGAGUGGACGCCUCCAUCGCGCACCGAUUUCACACCAUGAGGGAGAAGCAUCCUCAGAAGUUUAAUAGCAGAAUGAAGAAUAAGCUGUGGUAUUUUGAAUUUGCCACUUCAGAAACAAUCUCUGCAUCCUGCAAGAAAGUCAAUGAGUGUAUGACAAUUGAGUGCUGCGGUAUGCCUAUAGACCUCAGUAGCCUCUCGAUGGAGGGGAUCGCGGUUCUCAACAUUCCCAGCAUGCACGGCGGCUCCAACCUGUGGGGGGAGAUGAAGAAGGGGGACGUGAAGGCCGCUGCGGGCCAGGAGGAGCCCGAGGUCAUCGUCGACCCGGAGGUCCUCAAGGUCACCACACAAGACGUCAGUGACCGCAGGCUGGAGGUGGUGGGCCUGGAGGGGGUCAUUGAAAUGGGUCAGAUCUACACGGGCAUGAAGAGUGCAGUGAGGCUGGCCAAGACCUCACAGAUCACCAUAAGGACAACCAAGGCCCUGCCCAUGCAGAUCGAUGGAGAGCCCUGGAUGCAGCCUCCCUGCACGAUUCACAUCACACACAAAAAUCAAGCCAACAUGCUGAUGGCCCCCCUGGCCAAGUCUUCCAGCUUUUUCAGCUACAAAUAAAUACCAUCACAUUGGUGACUAUGACCCACUGACCGACCAGGGGCAGAAAGAUUUCUCUUUGGUAAUAUUCUGUUGUGAAUGUUUAGGCUGAAUGCGUAGCGUUGAAUGCAGUGAUGUAAAGUAGGUACGCACUGGGGAACUUCCAGUGCUCCUUUAAUACAGAAUCAAUUAAGCAUGACACGCCUUUUAGGAAUGCAACCCUGUCGAUGUGGCCUUUUAGAAAUGUAUAGGAUCUUCAUUCAUGGGUAUAUCAUUUUGACCAAAUUUGACUUCUCUGUUUUUCUUCUCUGGUUUCUUUUGAAUCCCCCAAUUCCUUACAAAUGUACGACCCAUUUACCGCAACUGUGUACGACCAUCUGAAGUAUUACAAUAUCAACGGAGGGAUGAAAGCAAAACUUCGAGCAAGCUUCAUAUGCCAUUGUUUGUGCCUUUUGAUAAGUUCUCUGUUGUUUAUGAUAUGAUUAGUUAGCCUACAUGCUCUUAAUGUAGUGGGAUCAUAGUGGAAGGGGACUUCUAGAAUAGCCUACCUCUUUUAUCGCUGAAGUUGAGUUUGAAUUGCUGUAUUGCCAAAUUAGCAUAACUCGAUUAGCUUGAGAAAUAAUUGGACUGUACAUUUUAACCUCAAACCGCAGAAGGUUAACUUAAGUUUCAGUUUUGGCUGAUCUUUACUCGGUUUGAAUUCAUUUUCUUUACAAUUGUAUUUGUAUGUUUCACUUUCAUAUCGAUACUUAUGCCAGGAAGGGGAAAUUAUUAACAAGGUCUACCACAGAAUAGAUGCCUCUAAGACGCCGCAGCCUAUAGAUGUCUAUACCGCUUUGAAUGUGCAUAUGUACAGCAAUGCCAUGCUGUAUUCUAUUUAGUUAAUUUUAAUGUGUUCAGUAAUAACUCAUAAUUUAUAUAUUUUUUCAAAAUAUUUUAUUUAAAACGCUCUGUCAACUGUUGUGGUGCGUGUUUAAAUGCUUUCAUUUGCCAUAUAUUUUUCAAUUAAUAUUGAGAAUGUUGAUAUUAUACUGUAGUAGUGAAUCAAGGUUUUAAUAAACCAUGAUAAACUUG